AUGGCUCUCUACCAGGCUAUGGUCAAGUCUGUCCUCUCCGGUGACACGGUCGUUCUGCAUAACGUGAACAACCCCAAGCAGGAGCGCGUUCUUAGUCUCGCCUUCGUCUCCGCUCCUAGGAUAAGGAGGGAGGGCGACGAGCCCUUCGCCUUCGAAUCUCGCGAGUUCCUGCGCCGCAUCCUGGUUGGCAAGGUUGUGCAAUUCAAGGUCCUGUACACCAUCCCAACAACGAAGCGCGACUAUGGUAUCAUUAGCCUGCCCGGUGGCCUGAUGCUCCCCGACGCCGCCGUUGCCGAAGGCUGGGUCAAGCUCCGCGACGAUGCCGACCGCAAGAACGACUCGGAUUCGUCGCAAGCGAUAGUACAAAAGCUCGAGGUCCUCGAAGCGCGCGCCAAGGCCGACUCGAAAGGUGUCUGGUCCGAGACCCCGAGCCGCCUCGAGACGUCAUACGACUUGCCUGAUGCCAAGGGCUUCGUUGAGCAGAACAAGGGCAAGGAGAUUGACUCUAUUGUUGAGAAGGUUCUCAGCGGCGAUCGCCUCAUUGCGCGCCUACUUCUAUCACCCACAAAACACGUGCAGACUAUGACUCUCAUUGCUGGCAUCCGCGCACCAUCCACGAAGCGUGUAAACCCCUCGGACGGCAAGGAGCAGCCCGCGGAACCCUUUGGCGACGAAGCGCAACAGUUCAUCGAGAGCCGCCUGCUACAACGCACCAUCAAGUUUACUCCCCUCGGCGUGAGCCCGCAAAACCAACUCAUCGGCUCAGUGAAGCACCCUCAGCGCGGAAACGUUGCGCCGUUCCUGCUUGAGGCCGGCUUUGCACGCUGCAUGGACCAACACACUACACUCUUGGGCGCUGAAAUGGGAAAGCUCAGGCAAGCUGAGAGGGUCGCUAAGGAGAACAGGGCAGGUGUUUUCCAGGGCCACGUUGCCCCUAAGCAAAGCGCUGCGGGAGCAAUUGAGGCUGUGGUCAGCAGGAUCCAGAGUGCGGACACCCUCUUCCUGCGCAACAAGGCCGGUGUCGAGAAGCGCGUCAACUUGAGCAGCGUCAGACAGCCCAAGCCAUCGGACCCUAAGCAGGCACCCUGGCAAGCGGAGGCUAAGGAAUUCCUUCGCAAGCGUCUCAUCGGCAAGCACGUCAAGGUCAAGAUCGACGGCAAGCGCCCUCCCUCGGAAGGCUACGACGAGCGUGAGAUGGCCACCGUCAUCUUCAACGACAAGAACAUUGCCUUGCUGCUUGUCGAGAACGGAUACGCUUCUGUGAUCAGGCACCGCGCAGACGACUCGGACCGUAGCCCGAUCUAUGACGAUCUGCUCCUUGCUGAGCAGGAUGCCCAACAAGAGGGCCGUGGUAUGUGGGCGGCGAAGCCCCCGGCUACCAAGGCUUACGUGGACUACUCGGAGAGCUUGGAGAAGGCCAAGAGGCAACUCACCCUGCUGUCGAGGCAGAGGAAGGUUCCCGCCAUCGUUGACUUUGUCAAGUCUGGCUCGCGCUUCACCGUCCUCGUUCCUCGUGAGAACGCCAAGCUCACCUUCGUCCUUUCUGGUAUCCGCGCACCUAGGUCUGCCAGGAACCCCACCGAGAAGAGCGAGCCUUUCGGUCAGGAGGCGCACGACUUCGCCAACAAGCGCUGCCAGCAGCGUGAUGUUGAGAUCGAUGUCGAGGACUGCGACAAGGUCGGAGGUUUCAUUGGAACGCUCUACGUCAACCGUGAGAGCUUCGCCAAGGUCCUGGUCGAGGAGGGUCUUGCCUCCGUCCACGCUUACUCCGCUGAGAAGUCUGGCAACGCUACCGAGCUCUUUGCUGCGGAGAAGAGGGCCAAGGAGGCCCGCAAGGGCAUGUGGCACAGCUGGGACCCGUCCCAGGACGAGGAGGAUGAGGGCACUCCUUUGGAAGCAGUUUCCAAUGGAGCCAAUGGUAACGGCGAGGCCGCUGAGCGCCGUAAGGACUUCCGCGACGUCAUGAUUACUCACGUCGAUGAGGAGACUUGCCGUUUGAAGCUGCAGGAGGUUGGAGCUGGCACCACGGCUCUUACUGAUCUCAUGAACGCCUUCCGCAACUUCCACCUGACCAAGGCCAAUGAGAAGCCGAUCGAACAGGUCAAGGCUGGCGAUUUUGUCUCGGCCAAGUUCACCGAGGAUGAGGAAUGGUACCGUGCCAGAGUCCGCCGCAACGACCGUGAAGCCAAGAAGGUCGAGGUCGUCUACAUCGACUACGGCAACUCGGAAACCAUCCCUUACAGCCGCCUCCGCGCUCUCGACCCGAAGUUCGGCGUUCAGAACCUCAAGCCCCAGGCCGUUGACGCCGUCCUCUCUUUCACGCAGUUCCCCACUUCCGCCGACUACCUCCGCGACGCUGUUGAAUUCAUUAGCCAGGAGACCGCUGGCCAGCAGAUGGUCGCCAACGUCGACCAUAUGCAGGAUAACACCCUCUACGUCACUCUGUUCCAUCCCAACAGCAACAACUCGACUGACACCGUGAACGCCGACAUCAUCGCCGGCGGCUACGCGAUGGUGCCGAGGAAGCUCAAGGCCUGGGAGCGCUCGGCCGGUGACAUCCUGAAGUCCCUGAAGGAGAGGGAAGACGAGGCCAAGGCCGAGAGGAGGGGUAUCUGGGAGUACGGUGACCUUACUGAGGACUAA